AUGGCUCCUAUAAACCGCACGCGCAUGUGUCUCUUCAACGAUUGCAGAAAGUACAGAACAAAGGAAACAACGGGUGCCAUGGAUCUGCGAGCUAUUUUUCCGGAUUCAUUGCUAGAAAUUGAUGAUUUGGCGAAUUUUGUGGACCAAUUGAACAAAGUGGAGCCAAGGUCAGUGGCCUUCUUUGACGAGUCGCUGAAAGGGUAUGCAGUUCUCAGUGCCAAUGCCGACACAGAUACCAUUUUGGACACAGAGACAAGGCUACGAGUCAGAGUAUCGCUGAUUUUGAACGGUGCUGAGAUCCGUCAGAGUAGCGUGCGAAAUUUGGUGUUUACCAAAGAACAAUUGAUUCUACAGGGCCAUUUUCAAAAUACCAAUUACUUGAUCUGGAAACUAGAAUUCCCCGUGCUGUCGCCAACCAAAGCCGUUCCUCAUCAGCAGAUUCUGAUCUCCGCUCUUGUGGAGCCAGGAUAUAUCUCUUCAAAUUCUGGAGCGAAACUUUCCCGAACAGAGACUUUGGAAGAUCUUAAACCAACCGUUCAAGGAAACGUUUUAGAGGGGAUCACAUCUACGUUCAAAAAUAGCUCAAACUCCACGGCGAUACCAGUGAUCUCAGAAUCGAUACUUACCCAGCAGAAGUCGCAAUCUGGUGAAAAACCGAAUGGAAUACCGCAGGACUCGUCCAAGGCUGUGAAGGCAGAUGUGAUACUGCCAGUCUAUCCUGUUCUACAAAUGAAGCUGAAAUACACCAGAUUGCUUGGUAAAAGCAAGCUUUUGCUGGCUACACUGGAGCUGGGCAUUUCCAAGUAUUUUGUCAAAAAUAGGCUUCCCGUACAGGUUGACGAAAUCAGUUUCUCUCUUCCGGACGGAAGUGCUAUUCCUCAGAUGCCUGCCUCAAUCACGUUUCCCCUUCAGUUCAAAGACUCCACUCUACAUCUCACAUACCGAUUGGUCAGCGAUGACAAUAGUUCAUUGGUAAUGCCGGCGGUUAUAACAGUUACAAGCAAAAUCGUCCAAGGCUCGUCUACCAGAGACAUCUGCACUCGUUGGUCUACGAAGGUUGAUUUUGGUAUCUCACAUGUUCCGUCUUCUUCAAGUGCAAAACUUAACAGUUCUCCAAUGGCUUCAAGAACAUCUGUCGUAUUGCAAAGGCGAAACCAAGAGAUGAAAAACUCACUGAAACAUAGCAGUUCCAGUUUAACUCUGCCCUCAAGACAGAACACUGCGUAUAUGAAACCACCACCGAACUCUCUAUCGGGCUUGCGUCUGUCAUUUUCUGGAACCACUAUCACGAGGGUGGGAGAAAGAUUCAAAUGGAAGGUACAGGCAGUCAAUAACAGCGAGAACACCAUACAUGCAUCGUUAUUCAUACAAUCGGCCGUUUCACAUGCUUUCGAGAAGAGCAUGCCCCCAAUACCCAUACCCAUCAACCCAGGACUGAACGACAAAAGAGAUGCCAUAUCUAUAUAUCCGGUACCUGCACUGUUAAGUGCGUACAGUUCUUCCAAGCUGUCUUCGAACGGUAUUAUUUGUCUUUCCAAUAACUUAAGACUAGGGCCAAUAGAGCCCCACUCUGUGUUCGAAACGGAUAUGGAGCUCAUGGGAAUUGAGAAAGGAUUGUUCAAUCUUCAGGGCGUCAGAUUGGUUGAUCUUUCAACGAGUGAAACUUUUGAUUGUGGAGGUUUAUUGGACGUUCUGGUCAGUUAA